AUGGAUCAAAAAGGCAACACAUUUCUAAACAAAGCUAUAAAGAUUAUUAUGGAAGAACGUAAUGGAAAUGUACCUCUUAUAGAGUUUAAGAAUCCGAAAGAGUUGGAGACGAUUCUAGAUCUUGAUUUUUCAAGCGGAGUGGAUGAUAACGAAUUAGAAAGAUGCGUUCGAAAAGUUGUAAAAUACAGCGUAAAAACCAACAAAGCUUCGUUCAGAAACCAGUUGUAUGGUGGCACAGAUCCUUAUGGCCUAUCAGGUGCCUGGAUUUCCGAGGCUUUCAAUACCAGCCAGUAUACUUUCGAAGUAGCCCCAGCGUUUACGCUUGUCGAACUUAAAAUGUUGAACCACAUUCUGCGCCUGUUCGGAAUUCCCAACGGUGAUGGCAUAUUUAGUCCAGGCGGUUCGAUCUCAAUUAUGUAUGCGCUUGUGGCAGCCCGGUACAAAGCCUUUCCUCAGGUGAAGAGCAAGGGCGUGAGGGAUCUACCAGAACUGGUCAUUUUCACCUCCGAGGAUAGUCACUAUUCACUCAUGAAAGGUGCACAUUGGCUGGGCUUUGGUACCGACAAUGUUAAGCGGAUCGCGACUAAUGAAAUUGGGCAAAUGCGCCUAGAUAACCUUGAGGCAGCAAUAUUGAGAGAAAAAGAGCUUGGCAAACAACCAAUCAUUGUGAACACAACUGCUGGCACUACGGUUCUCGGUGCCAUAGAUAAUCUAGAAAGCGUUGCGGAAAUAUGUGAAAGACACGGCAUUUGGAUGCACGUCGACGCUUGCUGGGGAGGAAGUUUAAUGUUGUCGCCUAAAUACAGAAACGGAUUAAAAGGCAUUGAAAGGGCGAACUCCAUUUCUUGGAACCCGCACAAGAUGGUCGGAGCGCCGCUCCAAUGCUCCGUUUUCCUAAUCCGCGAGAAGGGUCUUUUGCACGCGGCUAACUGCGCCUCCGCUCAAUACCUUUUCCAGCAGGAUAAGUUCUAUGACGUCAGCUAUGAUACUGGAGACAAGAGUGUUCAGUGCGGUCGUAAGAUCGACGCGUUCAAGCUGUGGAUGAUUUGGAAGGCGCGCGGCGAUUCGGGGCUCGGUUUGCUCGCGGACCACGCGAUGGAGAUGGCGGAGUACUGCGCGGAGGCCGAGGACACAGAGUGGUGGGAGUUGAUGCACAAGAUAACAAAGAAGAUAAAAGAGUUAGCGAUGGUGAGCUCGCGCCUGAUGGUAUCCUACACGCCACUGCGUCAGCACAAGAACUUCUUCCGACUGCCGUUUACCUUCCACCCGAUGCUGGAGAAAGCCGACGUCCUGGACAUGCUUCAGUCUAUAGAGGAUUGUGGCGAACAGAUCACCCUGGCUAUGUUG